AUGGCCGUCCGGCCCGGCCUGUGGCCAGCGCUCCUGGGCAUAGUCUUCGCCGCCUGGCUCCGCGGCUUGGGUGCUCAGCAGAGUGCCACGGUGGCCAACCCAGUGCCUGGCUCCAACCCAGACCUGCUGCCCCACUUCCUGGUGGAGCCUGAGGAUGUGUACAUCGUCAAGAACAAGCCAGUGCUGCUGGUGUGCAAGGCCACGCCCGCCACGCAGAUCUUCUUCAAGUGCAAUGGCGAGUGGGUGCGCCAGGUGGACCACGUGAUCGAGCGCAGCACAGACGGGAGCAAUGGGCUGCCAGCCAUGGAGGUCCGCAUCAACGUCUCGAGGCAGCAGGUGGAGAAGGUGUUUGGGCUGGAGGAGUACUGGUGCCAGUGCGUGGCCUGGAGCUCCUCGGGCACCACUAAGAGUCAGAAGGCCUACAUCCGCAUCGCCUAUUUGCGCAAGAAUUUCGAGCUGGAGCCAUUGGCCAAAGAAGUAUCCCUGGAGCAGGGCAUCGUGCUGCCCUGUCGCCCACCAGAGGGCAUUCCCCCUGCUGAGGUGGAGUGGCUCCGGAAUGAGGACCUGGUGGACCCAGCCCUGGACCCCAAUGUGUACAUCACCCGGGAGCACAGCCUGGUGGUGCGACAGGCCCGCCUGGCCGACACAGCCAACUACACCUGUGUGGCCAAGAACAUCGUGGCACGUCGCCGCAGUGCCUCGGCCGCUGUCAUCGUCUACGUGGAUGGCAGCUGGAGCCCAUGGAGCAAGUGGUCAGCCUGUGGGCUUGACUGCACUCAUUGGCGAAGUCGGGAGUGCUCGGACCCAGCACCCCGAAAUGGAGGCGAGGAAUGCCAGGGCGCUGACCUGGACACCCGCAAUUGUACCAGUGACCUUUGUGUGCACACUGCUUCCGGCCCCGAGGACGUGGCCCUCUACGUGGGCCUCAUUGCCGUAGCCGUGUGCCUGCUCCUGCUGCUGCUUGUCCUUAUCCUCGUUUAUUGCCGAAAGAAGGAGGGACUGGACUCGGACGUGGCUGACUCGUCCAUCCUCACCUCAGGCUUCCAGCCAGUUAGCAUCAAGCCUAGCAAAGCAGACAAUCCCCAUCUGCUCACCAUCCAACCAGACCUCAGCACCACCACCACUACCUACCAGGGCAGUCUGUGUCCCCGGCAGGAUGGACCCAGUUCCAAGUUCCAGCUCACCAACGGGCAUCUGCUCAGCCCGCUGGGUGGUGGCCGCCACACACUGCACCACAGCUCACCCACCUCUGAGGCUGAGGACUUUGUCUCCCGACUUUCCACCCAGAACUACUUCCGCUCCCUGCCCCGCGGUUCCAGCAACAUGGCCUACGGGACCUUCAACUUCCUCGGGGGCCGGCUGAUGAUCCCUAAUACAGGCAUCAGCCUCCUCAUCCCUCCAGAUGCCAUCCCCCGAGGAAAGAUCUACGAGAUCUAUCUCACGCUGCACAAGCCAGAGGACGUGAGGUUGCCCCUAGCUGGCUGUCAGACCCUGCUGAGUCCCAUCGUUAGCUGCGGGCCCCCUGGAGUUCUGCUCACCAGGCCUGUCAUCCUGGCCAUGGACCACUGUGGGGAGCCCAGCCCCGACAGCUGGAGCCUGCGCCUCAAAAAGCAGUCCUGCGAGGGCAGCUGGGAGGACGUGCUGCACCUGGGCGAGGAGGCACCCUCUCACCUCUACUACUGCCAGCUGGAUGCCGGCGCCUGCUAUGUCUUCACCGAGCAGCUGGGCCGCUUUGCCCUGGUGGGUGAGGCCCUCAGCGUGGCCGCAGCAAAACGCCUCAAACUGCUUCUGUUUGCCCCCUUGGCCUGCACCUCCCUGGAGUACAACAUCCGCGUCUACUGCCUGCAUGACACCCAUGACGCGCUCAAGGAGGUGGUGCAGCUGGAGAAGCAGCUGGGAGGACAGCUGAUCCAGGAGCCUCGCACACUGCACUUCAAGGACAGUUACCACAACCUGCGCCUGUCCAUCCAUGAUGUGCCCAGCUCCCUGUGGAAGAGCAAGCUCCUCGUCAGCUACCAGGAGAUCCCCUUUUAUCACAUCUGGAAUGGCACGCAGCAGUACCUGCACUGUACCUUCACCUUGGAGCGCGUCAGCCCCAGCACCAGUGACCUGGCCUGCAAGGUGUGGGUGUGGCAGGUGGAGGGCGACGGGCAGAGCUUCAACAUCAACUUCAACAUCACCAAGGACACGAGAUUUGCUGAGUUGCUGGCUCCAGAGAGUGAAGGGGGGGUCCCAGCCCUAGUGGGCCCCAGUGCCUUCAAGAUCCCCUUCCUCAUUCGGCAGAAGAUCAUUACCAGCCUGGACCCACCCUGCAGCCGGAGUGCCGACUGGCGGACUCUGGCGCAGAAACUCCACCUGGACAGCCAUCUCAGCUUCUUUGCCUCCAAGCCCAGUCCCACAGCCAUGAUCCUCAACCUAUGGGAGGCGCGGCACUUCCCCAAUGGCAACCUCAGUCAGCUGGCUGCAGCAGUGGCCGGACUGGGCCAGCCAGAUGCUGGCCUCUUCACAGUAUCCGAGGCCGAAUGCUGAGGCCAGCCAGGCCCACAACGUCUACACUUCACCAGCUUUGGCACCCGCCAGGGACAGGCAGAAGCCAGAUGGGGCCCUUUCCCCACACCGGGAGAGCUGCGUGAACAGGCCCCUGCCUGACGGACACUGUCCCUUAACACUGGUCCUUCAGGCCCGGCCUUCACUCCCACCCCACCAUGGCCUGCCUGGCCAGGCUGGGACUGCCGCCUGCUCUGACUCUGCUCCGGCCCCCGGGGCCCAGAGUGGACAGUGCCUCAGCCUCAGCUGGGCCCAGCCUGUCUGUGUGUGUGUCUGUGCGUGUGAUGCUACCUCUCCUCUUGCCCCUGGCCCGGGGGCCGCAUACACACGGGCAUGCACGCACACCCUGGGCUUGGGACAUGGCCCUCAGAGCUCCUGUCUGAGCUGGACCUUAUGCAAACAUUUCUGUGCCUGCCGGGAGGGGGCACGUCUGAGAGGCCCGGCUCCAAGCCUGCAGGACCAAGGGGCCACAGCCGACAGGGGGAGGCCCCUGGAUUCAGGCACAUGACCACCACACGGGUAUGUGCCCACGCAUGUCUCGUGUGCUCAUCUUACACGCAUCCCCUCCACACACACGCAUCUCAUGCUGUACACCGGAGGCUGCUCACGUCUCUCAUGCCUGGUGUCGGUCUACAUCUGCCUCUCACAUGCUGCCCUUCUCCCACCCACCCAGGGACACCCAACAGCUCCUCCCUUUCCUCCCCCAGCCCCCAGCUUCGAGGAGCCCUGCCCAGUGGGGCAUGUGAAUAUGCAAUGGGAGCCCCGGGCUGGUCAAUGGCAAGUGUGCAUGCCGUGGCGUGCCGUUCCUGGGGCUGGCCGGUAACCCCAUGUGGGGCCUGUCACGUGAAGUUCGUGCCCUGACUCUGUCUCAAGUGCAUUCACGCACUUACACUUGGCCUUAUGUACACAGCCUUGCCCGGCCGCCGGGGCGCGUAGGGAUUUUAGCGGACGUGAAUGUAAAUAAAUUAUAUAUAUAUAUUGCUAACCCAAGUGCUACUUCUCUUGGGGAA